AUGAAGCUCACACCUCUACUGUUCCUCGCCGCUGUUUUGAUGUGCGUCCACGUCAACGAAGGCCGACUGAUCCUGAAGGUGUCCAACAUACUCCGGCCGUCAAGUGGAGGCACAAGUUGGGCAGAAAAGCUACAGAAAUGGAUGGAUGCACGACGUCAGUUCGCCAGUGUGAAUAACGCCUUGGCAGAGACCACGGGAGAUGAGGAUGCCAAAGAUCCCGCUGAAGAGGAGGACGAACUGCCGAAAAAUGUCGAUGUCGAAGAUGACGUCGACGAAGACUCAGCUGACGACAAGGAAACUCGACGCCGAAAGUGGUUAGUCUACGUUCGUCUACGAGGAGGCCACACUUGUUCUUCGGGUCUGCUGUCUGCGCUACUUAAAAAAGUCAAGACACACUCUCAGCAGAUGUGGGUAGCAAUGAAGCAGAAUCAAAAUCCUGAAAGGGAAAAUACAGAAGUCAAAUUACCAAUUGGUGAAGCGCCUCCGGAAAAUACAGGUGGCAAAGAACAAAUUGGUGAAGCACCUCUCAGAGCUCCACUGGAAGCUCCUGUCGCUGAACCAGCCUCAGUUAUGACCACCGAGGGACAAAUUAUGUAGUGCCGAGAAGCCCGAGAAGCCCGAGAAUCACGUGACACAAACCACGAGAGUGCAUGGAGCCA